AUGUCAACUGCACGAACAAAUCGUAUUUUAUGGUCACCACAUCCUGGAGUCAAUAGAUUCUUGAUAGGCUCAAAUUCAAAUGACUUGAAACUAUACGAGUACAAGCCAAAGGGACAUGAUGGAAACCCAGUUAUAAAAAUGAUUGCUGUAAAGUCAGAUCUGUUAAUGAAGUGUUUUACAUGGUCGCCCGAUCCAAAUUUUCAAAAUUUAAUCGCAGUAGGUCAAACAAGUGGAAAAACACUUCUUAUAAAUAUGAUUGAUGACAGCACAUUCAUGGAAAACAACAACUCGUCAUCAUCCAACUUUAUCAAAUCGCAAACUACCACGGCAACAUCACAAAGCGGGUAUUUACCAGGGCAAUCAAUAGCACAAUUUCAAUUCAACGUGCGAUACACGCGAGCUUGUAACGUCGUGAGAUUUUGUGAGACAGAACCUCGACUACUGGCAAGUGGGCUCGAGAAAGUUCGAAAUGAUUGCUCGUUAUUGAUUUGGGAUGUUGAACAAGCGACCAAAGUGUCAUCAUCAAAUCCGCCGGUUGGCGAUUAUAGCAAAAGACAAUAUAGUGGGUCAAAACUAUCGCCUGAUCAGCCGAUAAGUAGGACUGGUAGCAUUAGUGGGUGGAGUGAUCGAAGUGCUAUCGAUAUCGGUAUAGUUGGUGUCAAUGGUGGCGUUGGGUAUAAUAAUCGAAAUAUACCAAUUAUUAGCGAUGAAUUUUCACUCACGCCUGAAUCCGCCGCGAGAUUUAAUCAUACAUUUCAAGAGACGCAAGUAUUUUCUAGGCCUUUACCUAUUGUUUCCACUUUAUCUUCAUCAGCGCCAAGUUUACCACGAGUAGAUGAUGUAAAGCCUCUUAAUUCAUAUGGCAACAACGAAGCUGUUAAUUCAUGUGCAUGGUUUCCGACAGCUUCACGACGAUUGGUGGCCGGAAUGGCCGGAAAGUAUCUUCGAAUUUAUGAUUUAAGAGCGGAAUCGUCAACUCAUAUUAGUGCAGUAACAACUAAAGCAGUUUACGGUGUCAAAAUUGACACAUUUAAUGUGAAUCGUUUCGCUUCUUUCGAAGAAGCAGGAACUGUUCAUUUAUGGGAUGAUCGAAAAAUCACCGAACCUAUAUCCUUUUUCGAAUCAAGACCUCUCCGAAUCUUAUUCUCACCCAAACGUGCAGGAUUACUCGCGGUCUUGGAAAAAGAUUCGCCGCAUUUAACCUUGUACGAUAUCCAAGAAAGCAGCAGCAAAUAUUUAUUCUCGUCGCCAAAUCCAUCACAACGCGCAUUUUCUUCGAUGAACCCAGAAUUGGCAGCGUCUUCAAUGUUACCAACAACAUUAUCAAGACAACCAUCCAUGACAAUGAGUGGUUAUGCACCAUCUUCAAUGAUAAGCGGUAUCUCGAUGCUAGAUGUUGAUGUGCCGAUUCUUUGGAAGUCUAGAAAAAUCAAAGGAUCGAAACCAAUCACGUCAUUUACUUGGAUACCGACAACAUCCACGGCUUCUUCACAUCGAAUUUUAACCAUAAACAAAGAUGGAAUUAUUGAAACCAUGAAACGUGAAGAAAGCUUAAAAAUAUCAUGGGACCCACGCGGCAACAUGGUACUUGCUAGUGGAAAGCACAUUAAAAUAUUUGACAUCGAAACAAAAAUGGAUCAUAAUGAUUACGAAGAAGAUGAGGCGGAAGAGAUCGAAAUAAGAAAAACUGAGACUCACCAUACACCGGAACAUUCCAUUCUCAAUGGUAGAAAUAAUAGCCUCUAUCAAACACCUAUUAUAACCACUACAGGCCCAAAUAUGUACAGCCCAAAAAGAACAAUGACAAGUGCACAACAAUUUCAAUCUCCUUCUUUCCUUAGUAUUCAACAUGAUAUUGAAACUGAAAGUGGAAAUAGGACUCCGAGACCUGGUGAUAUUACUGCGAAAGAUGCCAGUUUAUUAGGAAAACGAUUGAAUAUCAUGGCAUUAGAUCUACAGCAUAAAACGGUUUAUGAGGAAAGGACUUACGACGUAAUUGAUAGUCGACAUCACGACGAUUGGUCACCUUGGGAUUUAAUGAGAAAUGAUAUUUCGGCGAUAAUGCGUGAGCGUGCAUCACAAGAUUAUUCUAUGGAUUGUAGAACAAAUGAAGAUAUCGUCCGAAAUUCACCUAAAUUAAGAGCGCUCUGGAAUUGGAUUUCUGAAGCACAAUUACGCGUAUUGGAAAACAACUCGCACGUCGGUACUAUUGACCAUAGUUAUCAUGGUAUUCUCACCGUUUGGAAAGUUAAUCAAUCACGGUUCUUGUUCGAUCAGUCUGAUGUAAUUAGUGUCGGUAACAGUAAAAACAGCAACAGUAGUAACAAUAACAGCAAUAGUAGUAUUUCACCUCAAAUAUUUGACCCUAACGAAAUUCCGUUUGUGCAAACAUCCAAACCUGGGCAACGCAAAUUGGCACUGGCUAUUUGCGGAUGGGGUUUUGGCAAAAAAGAAUUAGAGGAGGCGAUAGUAAAAAUGGAACAUUCCAAAGAAUUCGAAAAAGCCGCCGGAUGGGCCCUUUUUCAUGGGUGUACAGAAAGAGCAAUCAAAGCUUUAAAUAAUAGUCGAGAUGAGAAAUUGAAAUUAGUAUCAACAGCACUAGCCGGAUACGCUAUUCACAACCAAGACGAGUCUUAUCAAUCAAAUCCCCUAUGGCGUGACAUGUGUCGUAACCUAAGUCUUGAAAUGCGAGAACCCUAUCUACGAGCAAUGUUUUCGUAUAUUGCAUCUGGUCAUUGGUUGGAUGUGCUGCAGGAGGAAGGAUUGUCAUUGAGAGAUCGUCUUGGCAUCGCAUUGCGGUUCUUAAAUGAUAAUCAGCUUGACGCAUAUAUUAAUGAUACUACAAAAAAAGUUAUAUUGAUGGGUGAUAUCGAAGGAGUUGUUUUGACUGGAUUAACUCCAGAGGGUGUUAAUCUUUUUGAACAGUAUGUAAAUAAUACAGGAGAUGUGCAGACAGCAAGUUUGGCGCUUAGUUUCUGCGUACCUCGGCGAUUCAAGGAUAAUCGAGUAACACAAUGGGUGAAGAGUUAUCGCCAGCUCCUCGACCAAUGGGAAAUGUUUCAUCAACGUGCACGCUUCGAUAUCGAACGCGGCAAACAUGUUAACCCGAAUCGUUCAGCUGAAAUAGUUUCCCCUCAAGUAUCAGUACGAUGUAAUUUCUGCAAUCAUAGUGUCGCGCAUGGUAGUUUUUCCCCGUCAUCGUCAUCCGUUGUGCGUCCUCUGUCGAAAGGAAAAGACGGGAAACAGAGACAGGGAUUUCUUGCAAAGUCUACUUGUUGCCCUGAAUGUCGUAAACCACUUCCACGUUGUGCUAUUUGUUUACUAAAUCUUGGGACGCCAAUUGAUUCUCUACGUGAAACAUCGUCAAAUACGCCAACAUUUGAUGGAGCAUCAGGUUUCGACCUAUGGUUCACUUGGUGCCAAACAUGUCGACAUGGAGGCCACGCAAUACAUAUUUCACAAUGGUUCCAGAAACACAAGUUCUGCCCU